AUGGCGCUGCUCCGCGCCGCCGCGCUGCCCGCCGACGGCCCCCCGGCUUGGCUGCCCACCCACGUGCAGGUGACGGUGGUCCGGGCCCGGGGGCUGCGCUGUAAGGGCGGCGGCGGUGGGGGCAAAGCGGGCAGCAGCGACGCGUAUACCAUCAUCCAGCUGGGCCGAGAGAAGUACUGCACUUCGGUGGCCGAGAAAAGCGGCGGCUGCCCCGAAUGGAAGGAGGAAUGCGCCUUCGAGCUGCCGCCCACCGAGCCCGGGGCUGAGGCCGCGUUGCUGCUCACCGUUAUGCACCGCGCCCUGGUGGGCAUGGACCGCUUUCUGGGCAUGGCCCGGGUACCGCUGCGGGCUGCGGGGCUGCAGGGCAGGGCGGCCGAGGAGAGGUGGCACAAGCUGCACUCCAAGCCCGGCAAGAAGGAGAAGGAACGUGGUGAGAUCCAGGUGAGCAUCCAGUUCACACGCAACAACCUCACGGCCAGCAUGUUCGACCUGUCCAUGAAGGACAAACCGCGGUCACCCUUCGGCAAGCUGAAGGACAAGAUGAAGGGCAAGAAGAAGUACGACCUGGAGUCGGCCUCUGCCAUCAUCCCCAGCAGCGUGGGCGCGCUCGACAUGGAGGACGAUUACGACGUCGGCGGCAAGAAGUCCAAAGUGAAGGGCUUCUUCCUGAAGAACAAGCUGCGCAAGUCGUCCCUAACGCAGUCCAACACCUCGCUGGGAUCCGACAGCACCGUCUCAUCAGCCAGCCUGGGCAUGGCCACCAGCGGCCCCGAGGUAACCAGGUCCCCCAGCAGACACAGCAGUCUGUCCACGGAGCGCUCCGUGAAGGACUUUUUACCUUCUCCGAAGCUGACCCACAAGAGAGCGUUCAGUGACGACGUCUCCCAGGUCAGCCCUGUCCUGGAGCCGAAAGCAAUCCACAGCCUGAAGCCAAAGACAGAUCCCGUGUCCCGCUCCUCCCUCUGCAUCAAUGGGAGCCACGUGUACAGUGAUGAGCCCACCCUGAGGAGCCCCGUGCCCACCCCGCAGGGCUCCACUCCGCUGCCUGUCCCCAAAAGGCCAGAGGAGGGUUUUGGCUUCAUCCCGAUCCACGCCGACCCCCACGAGGUGCCCUGGGGGGCCGGCAGCUUGGAGAGGACGCAGCAAAGGGACGAGAUGAGAUUCAUCCCCUCUCCUCCCAGCUUGGUUUUGCAGGAAGAGCUCAAGGUGUCCACCAAAGCCGUGACCCUCAGCAACCACCUGGGCAGAGCCAGGAUGGAAGAAAACAGCCGCCUGGAGAACAAGCCGACCCAGGUGGCAGCACCCAUGGUCUUCUCUGCAGAGGUGACGAAGGAGAAGCAACCCGAGGAAAUGAGGAAAGAAGAGAAGAAAACAAAGGGCGGGCUGUUCCACAAGAGUGAUGCGGGGAGCAGGGGCCAGGGGGAGAAAACCGGAGCCUCGCACGGCCCUGCAGCAGUGGGAGAUGACAGGAGCAAGGCUGGAGGCUGGUUUGGUUCCAAGGAGCCCAAAGACUCCCCCCAGAAACCCAGCCUGGAAGUGUCUCCUCAGGUAGAAACCAGCUCAGAUGCUCCUUCUCAUUUUCCUUCCCGCUCCCCUGCCCGGUUCCCUGCUGCUGCUGUAGCCCAUCUUGCUCGCAUGCUGAGCCCUAACCUCCCUCCUGCUACCGGAGACAGUCAGCCCGGAUGCUUGUCCCCUACCAACCCAUUCCUCAACUCCCUGCAGAGCAAUCCCUUCUUUGAGGACCUCCUCGCUGACCAGGUACUAAAUUCUCCUUCACCUACUCACUUUUUCUCUAGUUUCCCGUCUGAGCCGCAUGCUUCAACAGAGGUCGCUGGGAGCUUGUGUUCCUCUGAGGAUUGCAGUCCCUCUGCCUCCCUAAGACUUAAAGAUCCGGAGGGAGAAUCUCCAGCCAAAAGCGUUGGUGUCCCCGUGCCCGAAACCACUCCUCCGUCCCAUGCAGACCCUCCUCCUCCUCCAGAUGAGGAACCCGCCGCCUCUCCUCCUCCCCUCUCAGAGUGGGAUGAGACCUUCGAUGCCUUUGCCACCAGCAGGCUCAGACCAGAACCGAAGAAGGAGGACUUCUUUGCUUCGGUGGCGGCGGAGGGCAUGGCUUUCAUCGACGAUCCCGAUGCCGCCAGCCCCACGGAACGGUCAGCUGAACCAGAUCCCGAGGAGGGGACAAAGCGCUUUGAAAAGGCCGAGCCGCAAAUCAGCAGCGAAAUGCCCCCAGCGCUGCGAUCUUGGACGAAUUUCUCUGGUUUGGAUGUUGGGGCAAACCUGGUGAGCACAACCCAGGAAGCGACUGUGAUAGAGGAUGUGCUGAGCCCCGUGUCCGCAGGGUCGGCGGCGAGGAGGAGGAAGAGCAGCACGCCGAUGGUUUGGGCCGCCUCGCUGUCGUCUGGAAAUCCAGGGGAAAAGGAGGCUUCCACCCUGCUGGGUGCUGAUAAUUGUGCUGGGGAGGAGCGGGACAGUAAUGAGGAGGAAACCUCGAGUGUAGGGGAGAAUGGCUGGAUGACCAUUGCCACCGAAACUGCGCCCGAUCCUUCUGAGAGCACCCAGAGCAUUGGCCAGGGCAGCGUGUUUGGGCAGCGGCCCUUCCACGGCGAGGGCACCUUUGAAACAAAAAGUACUCCUCAUGUCCUUCCCCGAAGCACCUUCAGCUCUGAAAACACAGCAGAAACAAUAUCGGGCAGCAAUGUGGCUGCUGUACCCCCACGGGUACUGCAGGACAUGGCAGCAGGGUGCUUCCCCGUGGCUCCAGGUGUGGGGAAGGAGCUGCGGGAUGAUGGCGGGGAGAUGUUUGACAUCAGGAGCUCGGUGUACCGGCUGCAGGCCAGCAUGCGGCUGGAAGCUGGCGAGGGCCAUGUGAAGAUGGGCUCUGAUGCUGUCCUCACAAUGUGGACGGGUGUGCGAGGGAAGGAGGAGGUCAUGCCACCUCCCAAACCUCCGCGGUGGUUUGCGGCCGUGUGUGGCAGAGGGGAGGAUGAGAACAAUGCUAGUGACACAACGGCAAGGCAGCGAGGUGGGGAGGAGCAGCAGGAAGGUGAGGAGGGCCGGGAGCAACCACGGAGCCAUCCGAGCGGUGACACAGCUGUCCCAGCACCUCACAUGGCUGUGCGUGAGGAUGCUGCUGACGUGGAGGCCGGAGGGGACGCUUUAGGAGAAGAGCCACUGGAGAUGAAUGGGACAGAUGCGGCCGAACACUUUGAGACCUGUCCCUCCAGGUUCUCCGUGGAUGAGCUCACCCCAUCGGGUGCUGCAGGGAGCUGGAGUCAGCCGGCUUUGUCUCCUGUGUCACAGCUCAGCCUCAGCGCAGAGCCAUCAAUAGCCCCAGAGCAGGAGGAAUGCCCUGAGGAGCUUGGUGUGUCGCCCAGGCCGGACUCAGGCCAACCCGAGACCUUCUGGACUGCACUGGAGGAGCAGGAGGCAUUGGGCCGCCCGCACAGUCCUCACCCGGUGAAACCCAUCAGUGCUGCAGUGCAGGAGGUCUCCAGUGAGAAGAAGCAGCAGAACAAAUCCAGCUUGACCACAGCGCUGAGCAAUGGCCUGGAGAAGCUGAAAACAGUCACCACGGGCAGCGUUCAGCCUGUGGCCCCCUCGUCACACCUGGAGAAAACAGACCCAAAGAAGGUAAAGGAUCCCAACGUGUUGGACCAAUCAGCCAAGUAUUAUCAUUUGACCCACGAUGAACUCAUCCAGCUCCUACUGCAGAGAGAGAAGGAGCUGAGUAAGAAGGAGGAGCACAUCCAGGAACUGGAGAACUACAUUGACCAGCUGCUGGUGCGCAUCAUGGAGCAGUCUCCCACGCUCCUCCAGAUCCCGCUGGGGGAAGCCAAGACCAAGUAACCUCCAGGCAGAGACCAGCAUCACUUGCCUAAAGCACUUCCAGUAAACACGCUGCAAACAUCCCUGCACUCCCCCCUCCUCUUAAAGAGGGCUUCUCCAGUGGCUUCUGUUCGCAGAGAUAAGCAGGAAUGGUUAUCUGCUCCUUCCCAACCUAAGCUUAUUCCAGCUCUGGCUCCAGGGAACUGUAGGGUGGUGGGCUGUCAUCCACCCUAUGGGGAGGAGCAGAGCCUUCCUCAGGAAGCAGAUGCUUCCUGAGGUUCCUGUCAUAACCAAGUAGCAUCUUCUCAGGCACUCAUCCAAUACCAAUGCUUUAAGUGGUCCAUGAACAUCUGGGAGCUGGAAACCAGGCACCUCGCCCUUGUCUUCAUCCUGCUACUGCUGCUCUUCUGCCUACACUCUUCCACAGGCUCUUCUCUGAAAUGGUGUGCUCUGGCUGAUGGGCAGCGUUAAACUGGCUGACAAAAUCGGGGAUGCCUAAAUUCAGUAGGAGUCUACCAGCACGUUACUGUCCAGUAAGUCUGCUCAGCAGGGCAGCUGGGGAAGGGGCUGCUGCUGGAUGCCUCCUUCCCUUCCUGCCCCGUAUGUUGCACCCACAAAGGAAGGCUCUGAACAGCUGACUCCUCUUUGUGUCAGUACCCGGUGCAGUAAGAGGCAGUACACAAAGCCACAGUGCUGCAGUCAGAGGCUGCAAAGACUCAAGCCAACAUCACUGCCUGAUUGUGAGCUGUGCUGGUUCCUUCUCUGCAUGCAGGCAGGGUUGUGACGCUGCCUUAGAGACCCAGCCCGAAACUGAACUCGUAGAGAAGGGCCGGUGAUGGUUUGUGCACCAUCAGUGCUGCAGGAGAUCUUGCACGGCACCCAACCCAUCACCAGGUGGGCUGUGCCUGGGAUACUCCUGUAUGCAGAAACCACAGCUGGAUUUUCUGAUCAGUAUUAUACUUCCUCUUUUCUGCACCGGCAAGAAUUGCUUUCCACUGGCAGCCCCCUGUAGUUGACUUUGUGUUGUCAUUAUCAAUGCAACAGGAAAGCGCCAUACAGACCGAAGCUAGUGUGCAAAGAAGGAUGUCUGGCUGCCCAGCCACCUCUAUGCAUGAUGUCCCAUUAGGUCAGACAUCCACCAAACACAAAUGCAAACCACAUUCUGUGAAAGCUAGCAAUCCAGUAAUCAGCGUGGAUCACUUUCAAGUCAGUAUUAGUGCCAGAACAGCUAAAAUUAAUUGUAUCACACCUCACGCCAGCAUCAGGUCUCUGGCAGCUUGGGCCCACCCUUAGAAAUGCUAGGCCAGCUCUCUCGGGAGUUGACUGCUUCUUGCUACCUUGGAGUGACUGUAUGAAGGCCUCUGUGUUGCUUGAUGUAAUAGAUGGUGCUGGUGUGGGGUUGCUGGGCGCUGCUCCCGGCCACGUUGCAGCACAGCGCAGCUUCUGGUUUGGAGGUGCUGGGGGAGGGCAUAUAAACCUCUCCUUGUGUCAGUGUUUUGGCUGGAAGGUGCCCGUGCAGGCAGAGGAUCAGCUGGUGUGGGACUUGAGCUGUAUCAGCACGUAGGGCAUCUUCUCUCUGCUGCAGAUAUCCAAAAGUUACAGGAUUUAUUUUAAACCUUUGUGUUCUUUUCUCCUUCCUUACUUCAACUUAACACCAUGACUGAGAAAUUGUGCCUUUUGCAAUAGAACAAUGCCAGUUCCCUAUGAGAAAAGGCUCUGAAAUUCAAUUCUCAGCUGACACAGCUUGGCCAGCUUCCUGUUCUGCUUGCCUGCUAAUUUGAACUAGGUGAGUCUAUGUUUUAAAGCAGUCAGCAGAGCCUUCCCAUCCCUAUGGGCAAAAUUUGUUUUGGUCUUUGACAGAAGUGCUGCGUGGAGAGCUCCAUGAUAUGGCAGAUGUAGAUAGAGGAGGUGAUAAUGAGGGAAGGUGUGGCAGAUAUUACAAGACCAGAUGCAGCUGGAUAAAGGCACUAUUGGGUCACACUCAAAGCCUGAGGCUGACAAAAGUAAGAGGUAUCAGCUUAAAAGGAGAUUUGGCAUCUCUGCUAGUGACAAUAUUCGGUCAUGUCUAGCUUGCAGACUGUUGUAUUAACAGGAGGAUUUGUUGUCCUGGAAGAUAGCAGCCAUGAGCCAUUAGUUCCCACCUGUGCUUGUCCCUAAUAGGGAACUAAUUGGGGUUUUGCACCUCUCUACCUGCAUCUUUAUGUUCCUCCUCCCUCUGUGUGUCUCAGAUGAAAGGAACUUCAAUUUCUGGUGUGAGAUGUGUGUCCUGCAGUGGCCAUCCUGGCUCGCUGCUGCCUGACAAUCAGCUGUUUCCUUGGGUUUCAGUGACAGGCAUUACAGGUGCUCCCCACACACAAGUGCCAAGCUCACUACACCUCCCCAUCUCUCCUCCUCCUCUUCCAUUGCAUCUAACCGCCUCCGUAUGCCCCUCUCUGCCUUAGGUGGCUCUGCCUCUUCUCCCAAAGCUUGAAUGUUUUGCACUUUAUAUCUUGAAGUUGAUCUCAGAGCUCCAGAGGGCCGUGUCAGGACCCCUUCAGCAAUACGUGCUUCUUUCUGCCGCCUGCGGCUCACGGGGCUAUGGAGAGAAGCAAGUGGUGGGGAGCCAAGGCUGCUAUCACGUUUCAUGUCUGUCAGAGCGUUUGGAAGUCCAGAGGUACCUAUAAAUGUUUAGGAGAAGGCAUCUGAAAGGUGCUUUUGCCUUUUCUUUGUUUCUCCACCUCACUACUCUGAGAAUGUUCCUCUCCCCACCCUCCCCAGUUUUUAUUCUCUGCGGUAAAGCAAGCGUUUUACACCACUCACAGUGCUGUAGCCAGAGUGUGUAACCAGAGGACUUAGCUGCUUUGAAGAAUAACUGGGGGAAAUGUUGUCCAGUUACGUUCCAAAUCCAUGCUUAGUGAUUAUCUUCCAAAGGGAGGUGAGCAGCACUGCUCUCUGUGCAGGGCAGCACCCAGAGCUGCACUGCUCUGUGCAGAAUGAGCAGACAGAAGGAUGUGAAGGAAGCUGCCUGGGCCAGCAGCAGCUUUUGGUGGGUUCUGUUUUAAACACAGCCACAGCAAUAAUUCUGUCUUUUGCCUUUUCCACCCUUUUCUGUCCUUCUCUUUCCACGUUCAGACUGUUUGGGUUUUCUGCAGGGCACUGUUGCUCUCAUCUGCUCUGCUUUUGUUGUCAGCCCGCAACUGGCUUUCUUGCUGUUAAAGAACUCUGGCCAAGUGAUUGAUUUUUGUCUUUGCUGCCUCUUCUGUCCCAAAAAGAUGGGACAGAAGAGCAGCUGAGGUAUAUCCUUAAACUGGAACAAACCUGAAGGGAUGUGGAUGCCGAAGUGUGAUGUAGACCCAGCCAUAUGCCUUGUCUGUGAAGGAACAGCUGUGUCAUAAACGUGGGGUGGAAAACCACCCCAAAACCAGAGAGCUCAGUGUUUGGGGGUUUUGGAGUUGUUGAUUCCCUGUACUUCGCGUACGCGGGAGGUGGGUUCUGUGUGUUUCAUGUUUUAAUAGUUUGCAACUAAUGUUUAUAAAGAGAGCUUGUUAUUUACAUUUUAAGCACUUUAAAAAAAAAAAAAAUAAAAGUUGUUCAAGCUGUUCCUA